UGAUAAACUAACAUAAAUAAAGCAGAAAAAAAUGGAAUUUUUCGAUUCAUUUAUAUCUGUAUUCAUCAAAUAUGAUUUUAAUAUAGAAAAUCGAGAAUCAGUGAUGUCAAAGGAAUGGACUGAAUGCCGUAUGAAUGUGAAACCAACACCGGGUUCAUAUCGAAAUGUCCAAAUAAAUGUCUAUCCACAAAACUAUAACGAACUGAAGCCACAUUUCAGCAUUGCCAUUGACUAUGAGAAAAUUCGCAGUGGACACGUUAGAUCUUAUUCAAGACAGAAUGUAUACGGAAUAUUAUGGUGCAGUGAUGAACAUGAUAUGAUGAAAAAGUGCCGAAUUUUCAUUGCGUUUGAGGAUAAAGCGAUGCAUCAAAAGUUUAGCAAAUAUUUUAGAAAACUCCUAAAAUUUUUCAACAUGUACAAUAAUUGUGAGAACGACGCAGUAUACAAAGUUUCCGACAGCGAAAACUUUAACUCAUCCGUGUCUAAUGAAGCAGAGCAAAUAACUGCCAACAACAGUGGUGAUGGUAUAACAAGUCAUACGAACGCAUCACCAUCAUCAGUACAAAUUAUGCGCAUAUCUGAUGCAUCAGGCCACUACGAAGAUGUUAUUUUACGACCAAAAACUGAGGAAAAGCACCAAAAACAGAACAAUAGACGUUUGGCACGGCCAUUUGCAGUUAUUUCGGGCUUAUUUAAGUCACAUCGCGAACGUAAUAGCACAAAUCAAGACGAAAACGACGAAAAUUCACAGCACGAACACCACCGACACACAGUUAAACCGAAAUCAAAACGACGUUCGUGGAACAUUUUUAAAUCAAAGAAGAAGAAUCGUGAUGAAUCGCCACUCACAUUUCAACAUUUUCAGGAACCGUUAAAUGUUGAACGUGUUUCAUUGCCAAUUGGUCCGAUUGCAAAUGAUGCCGAAUGGUAUGAUUUAAAUAAGGAAGAAAUGAGUUUAUUUGAAGCUCGUAUCUCGAUGAUUGUCAAUGAGUUCAAUAAUAAUUGUAACCAAACGGUUGGCGAAUCCGAAUCGGAAUCGAUUCAUCAUUGUGACCUCUCACGUUACCUAACUGUAUCCUCCAACAUUUUGUGGUCGCACAAUCUAUCCUUGUCAAUAGAAUCAUCAAAUGGUAAUGCAAGCAACGUAAAUUUACUCGGAGCUAACAUAAAUAAAGACCAAAUUCAUAGUAGUGUAUACAUUGAAGAUAACUAUAAUGACAUCAGCAAAUCGUUGCCACAACCAGUUAAUGCAUUAGAUACGCUCAACCUGACAUUUGUCAGUACAGAUUCCGAUGGGUAUGCAAUCAUGCAACCAAUAUCGAGCGAAAAAUAUGUAAAACCGAAGCUCUUAAUUGAUAUGAAAUCGGAUAGUCCGGCCGACGACUCACAAUGCAACGUUUCCGAUGAUUCGAGUAAUAUAAGUUCGGGUUUUGGUAGUGAUUUCGAUGCUUGUUCGCCACAAAAAUUAUCUGUAAAUGCACCAGCAACCAAUUCGCCUGCAACUUCUGACUUUUUGGAAGCGUGCCCAUCACCGGCAACACCAUUAAAAAAUAUGCAUAAAAAGACAUUGAAGAGAUGUCGCUUACAACUCAAAUCGAGAAAACUAUUUGGAAUGCUAAGGGUAAAACAGUAUAGACCAUCGAAAUCGUACGUGACGCCGUCAUCACAAAAUGAUUCGCCAAUAUUACCUUCAAUACCACCACCACCACAAUCAAUAUCGCCUGAAUGCACGAAAAAAAUAUACAAACGAACACCAUUUAAAGUGCAUUUAUUAAAAGAGGUUGGCGUGAACGAGUCCCUGCAUAAGUUGUCUUUGCAUCAAUCACUUCGUUCGCUACAUAUCUAAGUCUGUGAAAUCUGUCAAUGGCAUUGGUCGAUAGAUAUAUUAUUGUUCGAUGCCAAAGCGUACGCAAAACAUGGAAAAUGUGUAUGUUAGCUAGUUGUUUGACUGAAUGUUGGCUAUCCGAAUCAAUUACAAAGUUUCCAACAUCGAUUUCAAUUUGUAUUCAAACCAAAAUUUGACAUCAACACAAUUGUGGUCCUACAAACCGGAAAUCAGAAUAUCAUCAUUGAUUACGUACAAAUAAACAAAAAAACGAUUCAGUUUGACCGUUGUAAACUUUUA